AUGGCAGGAGGAUUUGGAGGUGAUGGGGUGCUAUCAGAAAGGGCUCAUCAAUAUGAGUAUAGGAUUACUGGGUAUUUCAUCUUUGCUUGCAUUGUUGCAGCCCUUGGAGGCUCUCUCUUUGGUUAUGAUCUGGGUGUUUCAGGUGGGGUGACUUCCAUGGAUGAUUUCUUGAAGGAAUUCUUCCCGAAAAUUUACAGAAGGAAGCAACUGCACCUCAAUGAGACAGAUUACUGUAAAUAUGAUAACCAAAUUCUGACACUCUUUACAUCGUCCCUGUACUUUGCGGGACUCAUUUCUACAUUUGGAGCUUCCCAUGUUACCAGAAACAAGGGCAGGAAAGCCAGCAUUCUUGUUGGAGCAGUCAGCUUCUUUAUAGGAGCAGUCCUGAAUGCUGCUGCAAAAAACAUUGCAAUGCUGAUCAUCGGUCGCAUAUUUCUUGGUAUUGGCAUUGGAUUUGGAAACCAAGCAGUUCCCUUGUAUCUCUCGGAAAUGGCUCCUGCGAAAAUUCGAGGAGCAGUUAACCAACUUUUUCAGCUAACAACCUGCUUAGGCAUCCUGAUAGCUAACUUGAUAAACUAUGGAACCGAUAAAAUUCAUCCAUGGGGUUGGAGAUUGUCUCUUGGUUUAGCUACAGUCCCAGCAACUCUUAUGUUUGUUGGGGGCCUUUUUCUUCCUGAGACCCCAAAUAGUCUUGUAGAGCAAGGCAGAUUAGAAGAAGCAAGAAAAGUACUGGAGAGAGUGAGAGGCACCACAAAAGUUGAUGCUGAGUAUGCUGACCUGGUUGAUGCCAGCAAUGCAGCUCGAGCCAUCAAACACCCGUUCAGGAAUCUACUUGCACGAAAAAAUCGUCCCCAAUUGGUGAUAGGAGCCUUGGGAAUUCCUGCAUUCCAACAGCUCACCGGCAUGAACUCUAUCCUCUUCUAUGCACCCGUCAUAUUUCAGAGCUUGGGAUUUGGCUCAGGGGCAGCUCUAUAUUCAUCUGUCAUUACUAGUGGAGCGCUUGUUCUCGCUGCAUUCAUUCAAUGGCUUUAG